AGCGGCGUCCGGCACUGCACGGCCCUGCGGAGCUGCGGCGACCCGACUGUACGGCCCGACUUGAGCUGAGCAGGGAACCAGGUGUGGGCAGCGAAGUGGGAAGUGAUGCCUUGAGUGGGAUCAGCUCCCUCCGUGUUCUCUGAAUUGCAGUCAGCUCUGCUCUCCUUUCCACCGGCAAUGCGGACCUUUUGAAUUGUAGAAAACAGACGUUUUGAAGCUAGAGCGUUCCGAGUGUGCUGGAGAUUUCAGCGUGGCCCUUGUCUUAGUGUGCUGAAGCUGGAGCAGCUGAAAAUAAAUAUGCUGCAAGAAGAGCUUAGCUGAUCACAGAACACACCAUGGGCGUCUAUUUUCUUGCAUUCAUUGUGGGGCUUUGCUGGGCACAGUACAAUCCCAACACUCAGCCCGGGAGAACGUCUAUCGUGCAUCUCUUUGAAUGGCGCUGGGCCGAUAUUGCUCUGGAGUGUGAGCGCUAUUUAGCUCCUAAUGGGUUUGGAGGAGUUCAGAUUUCACCUCCAAAUGAAAAUCUUGUCAUUGCUGAUCCCUCACGUCCAUGGUGGGAAAGAUACCAGCCAGUCAGCUACAAACUCUGCACGCGAUCGGGAAACGAAACUGAAUUUAGAGACAUGGUGGCCAGGUGCAACAGUGUUGGUGUAUAUGUUUAUGCAGAUGCAGUAAUAAACCACAUGUGUGGAAGUAAUGCUGGUACUGGCAAUCAUUCUACUUGUGGAAGCUAUUUCAAUGCUGAGAAGGAAGAUUUUCCAGCUGUGCCAUAUUCUGCCUGGGAUUUUAAUGAUGCUAAAUGUAAAUCCAGAAGUGGAGACAUUGAGGAUUAUCAAGAUGCACCUCAGGUCCGAAACUGCCGCUUAGUCAGUCUUCUUGAUUUGGCCCUGGAAAAGAACUACGUGCGCUCCAAAAUUGCAGAGUACAUGAAUUACCUCAUUGACAUCGGUGUAGCUGGGUUCCGGAUUGAUGCCGCCAAGCAUAUGUGGCCAGGGGAUGUGAAGGCAGUUUUGGAUGAGCUGAAAGAUCUAAAUACGAAAUGGUUUUCUGCAGGAGCUAAGCCUUUCAUUUAUCAGGAAGUAAUUGACAUGGGAGGAGAGCCAAUCACAGGCAGUCAAUACUUUGAAAAUGGCCGAGUGACAGAGUUCAAGUACGGUGCAAAACUGGGGACGGUGAUCCGCAAGUGGGAUGGAGAGAAGAUGGCCUACUUAAAGAACUGGGGAGAAGGCUGGGGCUUUGUGCCUUCUGACAGAGCCCUGGUCUUUGUGGAUAACCACGACAACCAGCGGGGGCACGGGGCAGGCGGAGCUUCCAUUCUUACCUUCUGGGAUUCCAGGCUUUAUAAAAUGGCAGUUGGUUUCAUGCUCGCUCAUCCGUACGGGUUCACGCGGGUGAUGUCAAGUUAUCGUUGGCCAAGAUAUUUUGAGAACGGAGAGGAUGUCAACGACUGGGUUGGACCACCGAGUAACUCGGAUGGAUCGACGAAGUCCGUGACAAUCAAUGCUGACACUACCUGUGGCAACGACUGGGUCUGUGAACAUCGCUGGCGACAAAUAAGGAACAUGGUUGUCUUCCGUAACGUGGUAGACGGUCAGCCUUUCUCAAACUGGUGGGACAACGGGAGCAAUCAAGUAGCUUUCGGUCGUGGCAACAGAGGCUUCAUUGUCUUUAAUAAUGAUAACUGGUAUAUGAACGUCGAUUUGCAAACGGGGCUGCCUGCCGGUACCUACUGCGAUGUUAUUUCUGGAGAUAAGGAAGGCAGUGCGUGUACUGGAAAGCAGGUGUAUGUUUCUUCGGAUGGAAUGGCCAAUUUCCAGAUUAGUAACACUGACGAAGAUCCAUUUGUUGCAGUUCACGUUGAUGCCAAGUUAUAAUUUUUUUUUUUUUUUUUUUUUUUAUUCUUUUUUUUUUUUUUUUUUUCUGAUGUGUGGAAGAUGAAGAGCUUGACUCAACAUUGUUCAAAGUCGACUUGCUGGUAAUAAGGUGCUGGGAAAGAGAGAUGGACAGAGUAAACGGGUGUUUGUUGCUAGCUAUAAGCUAAGCUCUGUGCUGUUACGAAGACUUGUUAUGACUUGCUUUCUAGCCAAUGGAUUGUUAGUCUAAAUGUAUACUGAACGUGCGUGUUGGAAUACAAAAGGCUUGCUUAGGAAAAUAAAAGUGAAUCUUCCUUGCACGAGAA